AUGGUAUCAUUAAGUAGUGAAAUAAGCAAAAAGUACAAAGACGAAGAAGAGAGCGACAGCAACAGUGACAGCGACAGCAACGACAGUGAUGGCGAAUACAAUAGUGAAUACGAUGAAAAAACACAAUACAUAGAAACACAUGAUGAAUUGUCCUUUGGGAAUGAUUCUGAUUCUAGCUUUUGA